CAAUUUUUACUUCAGAAACAAAAAAAAAUAUAAAUAAAAUGGACAACAUAUCAAAAAUAACCAUUGACGAUAGUUCAGCAUCAAUGUAUUUUUCAUUCAAUAGUACAACAGCUUGCAAUAAAAUUAUGGAAACUACAAAUGACAAUUACAAUUCAAUGGCAAUUGAAGAUGAUGACGAAGAUGAAGAAUGUGAUCAAAAUAAUACUCUUGAAGCUGUUGGUGAGUUAAAUCAUCCAACAGAACAAAUCCAAACAGUAAAAAAACUAUCAUUUGGUAUUUCACCAGCUAAAGCUAUUCCUAAGAAUAUAUUAAAAGCCUAUAAAGCACUCUCGUCGACUCCAACUAAAGCUCAAUUGUUGCGAAGUGUCGAAGUAAAUCGAGGCUCGAGUGCAGUUGUAGUCGACGUUUGUGAUCUGGGUUUGGCUUUUUUGGAAGCCCCUCAAGAAUCUAUUAAUUCUGUUUUGUCCGAAGACAAAGAAAAUCAACCCCAAGAAUCACAAGAAAUUAUUUAUUCAGAAACAUCUUCGGAAAUUGUUGUUUCUGUAAUUGAAAAGACUCAAUUGGAUGAAGAGAAACCCAUUAAAAGAGUGGGCUUUUCUAAUUUACCAGUUUUUAAAAGUUCUGGGAACUCAAAUGUUCGUGGGGGUACUCCGAAAGUUCGUAGAUCUAUUCCAAGACAUGAGCCAGAUCUUGUUACAAAUCGUCCGUCGAGAAUUGUUGCCACAAAAAGAAUGUCAACUAUUCCCAAUCCUCCAAAUUCUGAUUUAAACUCUGACGAGAUUCCAAAGAUGAUAAAUUCGAUACUUAAAAUCUCGAAAGGACUUCCUUCAAAUAGGAAAUCGAUUGGCAAUCAAGAGAAUCCAUUUAAUUUGCUUGGCAAAGCUACGAGAAUGUCGAUUGUAAAGACAACCUUAAACAGUCCAGCUAGAAAGGUGUCACGCAAGUCUCUAACAUCGAUUCAAGUUGGAAAAAACUAUCUACGUCAUAGUUUACUUCCGAUUAAUAAAGGCAGAAGUACAGUUGGAACUUCCACUGUAGCUCCUUCUACUCUUCGUAGAAGUGUUGUUCCCUCAAACAGUCGCAAAAGUAUGCUUCCAACGACUGUGACCAGUCCAAAGAAGAGAAUUGUUGCACGGAAAAGCAUGAUGAUGCCUCCGAUAGCUUCUUCAUCAAUUCCGAAUUCUAGGAAAAGUAUGGUUCCAAAGACAACAUCUUUAUUGGGAACAGGUUUAGGAACAAAACCGAAAACAACAUUGACAAAAUUGAAAGAGGAUUUCAUUUGUGAUGUCUGUUCGAGAAAGUUUUUAGUACUUUCUUUAUUUGAAGCUCACAAAAGAACACAUGAAAAAGUUGCUUCUGCAUCGGCAUCAUCGACAAAACAGACUUUCUUUUCGAAUAGCGACAAUAAAUGUCGUUAUUGUGACAAGAAGUUUGCAAUUCCAAAGGCUCUGAGCAAUCAUCUUAUUCAGAAUUGUACUAAAAUUCCACCAGGUGAUAAAAAGAAGUUACUAUUUCCAACAGAUCAAAAAACUAUUGUUACCCAGUCCCAAUCAUCAAAAUUACCACCAAAAUCAGCUUCGAAUCUAUCCAGUUGUGAUUCGAUUUCCUCCAAUAAUACAACUCAAAUAUCAAAAAGUCAAUUGAAUACAAAGACUAAUAAUGGUGAUUGUACUAUGCCACCACCAUCAUCUACCAAUAAGUUAAAAAAGAAAUUGGCACAUUCUGGAGUUUAUUGUACACCAAAAAAACAAAUCACAUGUCACAUUUGUAAGAUGAGUUUUAAUAAUAUUUUAGCAUUUACUGAACAUAAAUUAUCACAUUCGAAUGCAAAAAGUGAUGAACAAAAGUCAGAAUCAACAGAAAUUCAAAUUGAUGUAAAGAGUGAUAAUACUACAACAGCGCAACAAAAAAUUAAUGACGAAGAUGGUGUUGUUCCUUUAAAAUAAAGAGGAACAAAGUAUUUAUCAAUUCUGUUUAAAAUCCUGAUAAUACGCGUCGUUUUCUACAAGAAUAAUCUUUCUUAACACAUUUUGGGACUACAGAAAAAAACUUUAUUUAUAAGCUGUAGAAAAAACGUAGACUUUUUGACAAUUAUAUU